GGCGUCGGCGGCCGCGGCCGGGGACGGUGUGAGAGCGGUAAGAUGGCGGCGGCAGCGGUGGUGGAGUUCCAGAGAGCCCAGUCUCUGCUUAGCACCGACCGGGAGGCCUCCAUCGACAUCCUGCACUCCAUCGUAAAGCGUGACAUUCAGGAAAAUGAUGAGGAGGCAGUUCAGGUCAAAGAGCAGAGCAUCCUUGAACUGGGGUCUCUCUUAGCGAAGACUGGACAGGCUGCAGAGCUUGGAGGACUCCUGAAGUAUGUUCGACCCUUCUUGAAUUCCAUCAGUAAGGCUAAAGCUGCCCGUCUGGUCCGAUCCCUUCUUGAUCUGUUUCUUGAUAUGGAAGCAGCUACAGGGCAGGAGGUCGAGCUGUGUUUAGAAUGCAUCGAAUGGGCCAAAUCAGAGAAAAGAACUUUCUUACGCCAAGCUUUGGAGGCAAGACUGGUGUCUUUGUACUUUGAUACCAAGAGGUACCAGGAAGCGUUGCAUUUGGGUUCUCAGCUACUUCGUGAGUUGAAAAAGAUGGAUGACAAAGCUCUUUUGGUGGAAGUACAGCUCUUAGAAAGCAAAACGUACCAUGCCCUGAGCAAUCUGCCGAAAGCCCGAGCUGCCUUAACCUCUGCUCGAACCACAGCGAAUGCUAUCUACUGCCCCCCUAAACUACAGGCCACCCUGGACAUGCAGUCAGGUAUCAUCCAUGCAGCAGAGGAAAAGGAUUGGAAAACUGCAUACUCAUACUUCUACGAGGCUUUUGAGGGUUAUGACUCCAUUGAUAGUCCCAAGGCCAUCACAUCCCUGAAGUACAUGUUGCUGUGCAAAAUCAUGCUCAACACAAUAGAUCAUGUUCAUAAGUUGUCUCUUUAAUCUCAGACAGAAGCAUUGAAAUGUGUGGCUCAGGCUAGCAAGAACAGAUCACUGGCGGAUUUUGAAAAGGCCUUGACAGAUUACAGGGCAGAGCUCCGGGAUGACCCAAUCAUCAGCACACACUUGGCCAAGUUGUAUGAUAACUUACUGGAACAGAACCUGAUCCGAGUCAUUGAGCCUUUUUCCCGAGUACAGAUUGAACACAUAUCUAGCCUCAUCAAACUCUCCAAGGCUGAUGUGGAAAGGAAAUUAUCACAGAUGAUUCUUGAUAAGAAGUUUCAUGGUGAGUAA